AUGGAGCAGGGCUACGGAGGCUAUGGGGCAUGGAGUGCUGGACCUGCCAACACCCAGGGUGCAUAUGGAACUGGUGUGGCCAGCUGGCAAGGUUAUGAAAACUACAAUUAUUACGGGUCGCAGAACUCUAGCGUGAGCGCUGGAGCAACGUACAACUAUGGCCCAGCCUCGUGGGAGGCCGCCAAAACCAGUGAUGGUGGCCUGGCAGCUGGCGGCCACACCAUGCACAUGGCCUCCUAUGGCCCAGGGCCAGGCCCAGACCCAUGCCCUGGCCCUGGCCCUGGCCCUGACAACUCAGACUCACUUAUCGCCAAGAUCAACCAGCGCCUGGACAUGCUGUCCAAGGAAGGAAGCAGGGGGAGUGGUGGCAGCGGAGAGGGCGCACAGGACCGUGAGAGCUCCUUCCGCUUCCAGCCCUUCGAGUCCUACGAUUCCAGGGCCAGCCUGCCUGACCACAACCCCUACCACUCUGGUUACGGCUACGACUACGACCUGGCCACAGACCGCAACGGUGGCUUCGGCAGCCAGUAUGGCGACCCCCGGGACCUGGGCCGUGAGCGGGGCGCCCUCGACAACUUUGUGCGGGGCCGGGGCCAGGGCCGCUUCCAGGACCGGGGCAGCCCCAGUGGCACCUUCAUGCGCAGUGACCCCUUCUUGCCACCGCCCACGGCCUCCUCAGAGCCCCUGUCUGCUCCCUGGGGCGAGCUGAACUAUGGGGCCGGGCGGGGCCUGGGCGGCCCCUCGCCCAGCAGGCCACCACCGCCGCCACCCCUCUUCUCCCAGCCCUUGGCCCCCGACUUUAGCAUGAUGGGCAUGCAGGGGGCGGGCAGCUUCAACAGCACCGUGCCAUACGGCUGUGGCCGCGCACAGGCCCGGAUCAGGGACCGGCCCCGGUGGCGAGGGUCUGAGCGCUGUGGCCCUGAUGGCCCAGUCAGGAAGCGGCGGCUGCUGCAGCCUUAUGAGGAGCUGGACACCAAGCACCCCCGGGUGGACAGCGAGGGAGACUUUUCUGACAACGAUGAUGGAGUUGGUGACUUCCGGUCGGGAGAUGAAGAAUUCAGGGGUGAGGAUGAGUUCUGCGAGCCUGGGAGGCAGAGAGGCGAGAAGGAUGAUGAGGAUGAGGAAGUGAAAAAGCGGAGGGAGAAGCAGAGGAGAAGGGACCGGAUGCGGGACCGAGCGGCUGACAGGAUCCAGUUUGCCUGUUCUGUGUGCAAGUUCCGCAGCUUCGAGGAUGAGGAGAUCCAGAAGCACCUGCAGAGCAAAUUUCACAAGGAGACCCUGCGCUUCAUCGGCACCAAGCUGCCCGACAGGACGGUCGAGUUCCUCCAGGAGUACAUCGUGAACAGGAACAAGAAGAUAGAGAAGCGACGCCAGGAGAUGAUGGAGAAGGAGAGCGCAAAACCAAAACCGGAUCCUUUCAAAGGGAUCGGCCAGGAGCACUUCUUCAAGAGGAUCGAGGCUGCCCACUGCCUGGCCUGUGAUAUGCUCAUCCCCGCUCAGCACCAGCUGCUGCAGCGGCACCUCCACUCCCCAGACCACAACCACAACCGCCGAUUGGCUGCUGAGCAGUUCAAGAAAACGAGUCUCCACGUGGCCAAGAGCGUUUUGAACAAUCGACAUAUAGUGAAGAUGCUGGAAAAAUACCUCAAGGGUGAGGACCCUUUCACCAAUGAAGCUGUUGACCCAGAAGCAGAAGGGGAGGAAAAUCUAGGAGGUGAAGAUAAGGAGGGGACACCCGAGGAGGUGGCUGCACAAGUGUUAGCUGAGGUGGUCACGGCGGCCGUGAGGGCCGUGGACGGGGACGGAGCCCCAGCUCCAGACAGCACUGGGGUGCUGCCUGCUGAUCCCGCGGAGGCCAGCGGAGGCCCCCUCCCUGAACAGCCAUCAGCCAUUGGGACAGCCUGUGGAACAGCUGAGAAAGGAAGCCGUGAUGUAGAGGCAGGGAGGGAGGCUGUGGAUGGCGAGGGUGGAGCAGCAGAGGCCCUAGCUGCGGAAGUGUCUGCCACAGAGGCAGAAAGCGCGGGAACAGGCCUCGUUCCUGGCCACGAUGCCACAGAGAGCGGAGUGGAACAGACUGCCGCACUCAGACUGCAGGUACCCUUCCCGCAGGGCCCUGCGCGACCACCUGAGUUCCCACCAUCCGCCUCCUUCUUGGUCGUCCGGGUACCAUGCUCCACCCCCCACGUUGCAUCAAAGCUUACCUCCGCCGCGGGCUCUCUGAGGCGAGCUCGCGCCGGGGCGGGGCGGGGCCGCGCACGCCUGGCGCCGGCGGAGCGGGGACGCGCGUACAGCGUGCGAGGUGACGUCAGCGCGCUGGCGGCGGCGGCGGCGGUAGGGCUGUUUGUUCUGCUCUCCCGCAGCCGAGGAGCCGAAGCAGUGGCGGCGGCGGCUGCCGACAGUGCCCGCAGGCAAGCGGAGAUUGUGAACGCGGGGGAGCGGCGAGUGCAGCGGGCAGGUCCCGGCGCCGCUUGGGGACCCGAGGUGGGUGAGGAGGAGGAGGAGGAGGAGGAGGAGGAGGAAGCGGCCGACGCUGGGCCCUCGGCGCGGCGCGCCCGGCCCGGUGAGUGCCGGCCGGUGUGGUGGCUGCGGGUGCCUGCUGCCCUAGUCACCGUCUCUGGGGCAGACCCGCGUCUUGCCCGGGAGCCCACAUGGGCCGGGCCCGGAGCGCGCCCUCCUGGAGCCCGGGUCCUCCGGUUUGGGCCGGGGCCGUGCGCCGGCGCCUCCGCCCCUGUCCGCCUACUGUCUGGUCGGCCCCGGAUCUCUGCCAAGAGCGGAGCUCGUCCUAGCCGGAGCGAGGUCGUUGGGGCCGCGUGGCUGCCCAGGACAGGCCUCUGCGUUCGGGAGUAG